AUGAUCUUAAAUAUUUUUUCUAUUAACUUGCUAUUUGCUCUUAUUCUAUCUGGCUCAUGGUGUGUGACUAUCGAACAACUCCUCGUGCCAAUAGGAGAUUCAUUUUCAUUUGAUUGCCGAACUGGUGAUUCAGUUUAUUUUGCUCGCAAAUUAAAUGAUUGGUCAGAAAUUCAGGAAGAUGACGAAAAAUAUUCAUAUUUAAACCUGAAUUUUAUGUAUUUAAAUCAAGAAAAUAUUUUACGAUUGAAAUCGAAUGCAGCUGAUUCACAAAAUAUUGGAUAUUAUGGCUGUCGCAGGCCAACAGAAAGAAGACUAGAAAUGAGCCGGAUCUAUCAAUUGAUUUUAGCCGAUAUUGACUCAUUCUAUUGGAGUUAUAUAUGUCAUGCUCAAGCAGGCGCCUGCAUGCGUUUUGACGAUCCAACAGAUGAAACUCAAAGUACAUUUGAAGUUGCAGAUAAAACUAAAGUUGAUUUAUUCUGUUGUGCAUCUGUGUCGGGCUAUAAAAAUAUCAAUAUUAAUAUGAAUCAAAUAGGAGAUAAUCAAAAUGAGAUAACUAUAAAAAGAACACAAGAACUUGAUGGAUCUUGGGUUGUCUGUGCUAAUCAACAUACGUUUUUGCAACGAACAUAUUCUAGAACACCAGACACAUUUACGUGUGAAUUACUAAUCGACGAUCAAGUAUAUUCAUCUUUUAAUAGUGUUGUUACAAUGACAGAUGCCUUGCCAAUAGAUCCUGAUAUUGAUUCUCCCGAUGCUUUUAAACCACCUUCGAAAGGCGGUUGGAAAGAUGAUGAUUAUUUUAAUCGCCAAAGACCACCAAAUGAUGGUAGACGCGGGAAAAUGACGACCGGAAAACAAAUUGCUAUUAUUAUUGGCUUUAUUAUUGGCGGUCUCCUACUUAUUGGAUUAUUGUUCUUUCUGAUUUUUGAUUGUCGCCGAAAAAAGCAAGUCCUUAAUAAUUCUAAAAAAAACAAAUCAAACCAACAUGCAGUAGUUAGAACAAAUAAAAAAUUAAAUAAAAACGAAGAACAAAAUCCAAAAGAAGAAGAACCACUUUAUGCAGAACCACUUUAUGUAGAACCAACACCAUCGUAUGAAAAUGCACCUAUAUUUUUACGACUCUAA